GUCCAGGUUAGUAGUAGAUCUUCUCGACGCAUAAUAUGAGUUGGUAGCCAAUCAAUAAUUCAUUCUACAGCCCCCCGCGUCGUCGUGAGGGACGGCACGGGCGGUUCCCGCAACGCCGCCACCAACCCUCUCGCUCCUCAUCUCCCUCCCCUCGCCGCCGUCCGAGCUCGCUGGCGGAGGUCCGCCUGGCGGCAAUGAAGGUGGCGGCGGGGCCUCUUUCCCACGGGCUCUCUCCCCACGCUCGCCAUCAGGCUUGUCACCAUGGUAGCGACGUCGGUGGUGGCUGACUUUUGAGUGGCGGGUGCUCUCGUGGUUCGGCCCGGUGGUGGCAGAUCCGGUGACGCCGGAUCCGGUAGUCCUCGAUCCGAUCCUUCGUUGUGGACGCCAGCGUGGAUUAGCACGGAAAAGUCUCCUUUGCUCCACUGACAAUGAGCUUUAAAUUUUGCACUAUAAAAUUUAAGGAUAGUAAGAUUGGACUCUAUUUCUAUUAAUUUUUGAACUAAAAUAUUUUUAGGGCCCCAAUAAUUUAUGAAGAAACAUUUGGAUCGCGAUCCAUUACCACCCCUAACCUCGCUUGACUCUCCUCUACUUAGCUUAGGGGUGUUAAUCUUCAAGUUAGGACCCUGUAUGUUCUGGAUGCCGUGUCAGUCAUCCUCGACGAGUUCCCAGUUUGGUGCACGACGAUCUCGCCGGCGUCGACACUAUCUCUGUCCGAGAGCCCCGACGAUAGCCCGGUGCACUUGCACUCGGGAGCGCUAUGUCAAGCUAGGGUAUAAAGCACAAAAAAGUGAUCCUCUCAUCUAAUUGAGACUGUUGAGUAUCUCACAUAUUCUUGUGCUUGCUUGCUGGGAUCGGCUUUGGCUCAGGAGCAUGAGCGAAAAGAUAUGAUUCUUCAUUUCUCCUUCUGGCUAUAAGUUUUAGUUUCUUUAUGAUGGGAAAUAAAACUGGUAAGCCUGUCUUCAGUGAGCUCAAAUCCACAGAGUUUAGUUUAUUGGAGAGCACUCUAGUACAGGAUCAUUGUGCAAUCCCGACUUGUGUACCAUUGGAUUUUCUGAAGGCCAUCACGAGUGAUUUCUCUAAGGAGCAAGAGCUAGGAAGAGGUGGGUUUGGAGUUGUUUAUAAGGGCCUUCUUAAAAAUGGGAAGGCGAUAGCUGUGAAGAAGCUUUCUGAAAUGAACCUAGAUGACGAUCAGUUCCAUAAUGAAGUUACUUAUCUUUUCGGGUUGAAGCACAAAAAUAUUGUCCAGCUAAAAGCUUAUUGUGCUGAAUCACGGUGGGAAGCAAUCGAAUUGCGCAGAAAAUAUGUCAUGGCUGAAUCUCGGAAAAGGCUGCUGUGCUUUGAGUGUAUAAAUAAUAAGAGCCUUGAUAAGCACCUUUCUGCUGAAUCUCAUGGGGUUGAGUGGCAUAUCAGAUAUGAGAUAAUCAAAGGAAUUUGCCAUGGUUUGCAUUACCUUCACACAGAUUGCCAAAUUGUUCAUUUGGACCUAAAGCCUGAGAAUAUAUUGCUAGAUGACAACAUGGAGCCAAAAAUUACAGAUUUUGGUAUGUCCAGGCUCUUUGGUCUACAACAAUCCAAAAUCAUCACCAAAACUUGUGGAGGAACACUUGGAUACAUGGCACCAGAAUACUUACUAAAAGGGUUGAUUUCAGUGAAGGCCGACAUAUUCAGUUUGGGCGUUAUAAUCAUAGAGGUGAUGACCGGAGGCCGGAAUUAUCCCACUUGUGAAAAAUCUUGCGAGCAAUUCGCUGUUGAUGUGGUUGGACGUUGGAGGAAGAGGUUAUUGGAGGAGGCAGGAAGGUACACACCCUUGGAAAAAUACGUUGAGCAAGUAGAGACAUGCAUCUUGAUAGGAUUGAUGUGUGUCGAUGAUGAUCCUAACAAAAGGCCCACGACAUUGGACAUUAUCGAAAGGCUUACCAAAGUAGAUGUCACGAACACGGACAGAGGGCCACCCAAAACUCUGGAGGCCGCGACAGGGCUUACAGGCCACCCCAACCUCGCAACUAGAUCAUUUCUUGACAGGUUCCGCCGAACCAUCGUGAUAGGGAUGCUGAAGAAGGCCCUGAAAAUCCAGGACGUAUCGCAGUUGGAGCAGCUCCUGGCCAAGGAGGUGCUGCUGGAGCUCCACAAAAUCGGCACGAAUGCAACUGGAAACAGAUCGUUCCUGGAGAGGCUCCACGCAAGCAUCACCAUGGCUACGCUGGUUCAGGCGCUGCAUUCCUUGGACUUGGAUCCAUCGGCGGCGCUGCGUAUGGAGGUGCUGUUCUUGGCGCUGGAGAAUAUGCGUGGAAAAAACAACUCAAGGCGAAGAAGCGAGGACGUCCUUGAGCUGGAGGAGCGGCCAGAGCAGAUCCGGUCGGUGCUGGAGGCUGGCACCAGGGCCAGGCUCAGUGAUGAGGAACACAUGCCGUCGGUGUCUGUGCAGGCUGAAGACCAGGCCUUUCCCAAACCGAAGUUGGCCAAAGUACGCGCCACCGCCCCGGUGUGCGUGUCAGCAGUGUGGUUGGCGGCCGGCAUAGGAUUCCUGUGUGGAUUCACCCUAGGAGAGAUGAGGGGAUUAAGGCGGACGAGGGUCCACGAACGCACGUGAUGCCAAUGUGCCCACAUGACAUGGCCAGAAAAUGUCACUGCGGUGGACCAUGCAUGCACGAAUUAAGGAGCACCAGUUAGAAUACGUAUUCUAGAUUCAUUUUACAAAUUCUGUAUUUAAAAGGAACUUGUGCAUUGUGACAGAGGCGGCGGACUGGAUCAGGUUGUAUUGUUUCUGCUGGUGUCCUGUCGUAUGUAUAAGCCACGGAGUGUAUCGGAUGAAAUUGAACAGAGAAAUGUGCAAUAUAGAACCGUGUUGAGGGCAGCCUUUCAUGCUUCUGCUA